AUGGCACAAUACGGCAAAGCUGAGUAUUGGGAGGAACGUUAUACAAGGGACGCAGAGCCAUUUGACUGGUACCAGCGUUGGAGUGGCAUUAAAGACGUGCUAACCCAAUAUGUAUUCCCAACUCAUCAAAUUCUUCACUUAGGAUGCGGAAACUCCCGGCUAAGUGAAGAAAUGUACGAUGAAGGCUUCAUUAACUCUAUCAACAUUGACAUCAGCCAAGUUGUCAUCAAAGCAAUGCAAGAAAAAUACCGAGACAAGCAAACCAUGAGGUUCCUUCAUAUGGAUGGCAGGAAUAUGGAAUUUGAUGAUGCUACCUUUGAUGCUGUGAUUGACAAAGGAACACUAGACGCCAUCCUUUGUGGAGAAAAUUCCACAGCUCACGCAAAUAAGAUGAUAUCAGAAGUUUACAGAGUUCUUUCGCCUACAGGAGUCUAUGUCGUGAUAUCAUAUGGACAGCCUCCACAUAGAUAUCCUUAUUUAGACAAGCCAGAGCUUAAUUGGGAAAUAACAGUCCACCAAGUUCAAAAACCAACUAUUGCAAGCACCGCUGCUUUGGCUACAGAUGAUAGAGACCAACCUAACGUUCAUUAUAUUUAUGUCUGCAAGAAACGUGGAGGAAGAGAAGCACCUAGACAAGAAGCUUAA